UAGAAAUUUAAGGGAGGCCGGCAGCUCCUGGCUCAGGAAGGCACAGAGUGGUGUGGCUUGUGCUGGCGAGAAUCUGCGGGUAAUUUCUGACUGUUACUUCAUAUUAACUUGAGCAGAAAAUCAAAGAGGCCUCUCCUCUUAUCGCUGCUCCUCCCUGUGGGACAGGCGUGAUGGCAGAAGCCGCGGUCACGGGCGCCAGCGGAGAGGCUAUGGCGGUGGCGGAAGGUUCCUCGGGCCCGGGGGGCUUGUCUCUGGUUCGCGGCUUCUCGGGCUACCGGCCCUUCGAACCGCAGGCGUUGGGCCUGAAUCCGAGCUGGCGGCUGACGGGCUUCUCGGGCAUGAAGGGCUGAGGCUGCAAGGUCCCCCGGGAGACGCUGCUCAAACUCCUGGCGGGACUGACGCGGCCCGACGUGCGGCCCCCACUGGGCCCGCCCCUGGUCGGAGGCCAUGAGGAGGCCGCCCAGGAAGGGGGCCUGCCAGCUGGCGCGGGACCCAGCCCAACCUUUCCAGCCCUGGGCAUUGGGAUGGACUCCUGUGUUAUACCUCUGAGGCACGGAGGUCUGUCGCUGGUGCAGACCACGGACUUCUUUUACCCCCUGGUGGAAGAUCCUUACAUGAUGGGGCGCAUAGCGUGUGCCAACGUGCUGAGUGACCUUUACGCCAUGGGCAUUACGGAAUGUGACAACAUGUUGAUGUUACUCAGUGUCAGCCAGAAUAUGACUGAGGAGGAACGAGAAAAGGUAACACCACUCAUGAUCAAAGGCUUUCGAGAUACUGCUGAGGAAGGAGGCACUGCAGUGACCGGUGGACAAACGGUGGUAAACCCUUGGAUUAUCAUAGGUGGAGUUGCCACCGUAGUAUGUCAGCCAAAUGAGUUCAUAAUGCCUGACAGUGCAGUUGUUGGGGAUGUGCUUGUGCUAACCAAACCCUUAGGAACCCAAGUUGCUGUCAAUGCCCACCAAUGGCUAGAUAAUCCUGAAAGAUGGAACAAGAUAAAGAUGGUGGUCUCCAGAGAAGAGGUAGAGCUGGCCUAUCAGGAAGCCAUGUUCAAUAUGGCUACCCUAAACAGAACUGCUGCUGGAUUAAUGCACACAUUUAACGCCCAUGCGGCCACAGAUAUCACAGGCUUUGGCAUUCUAGGACACUCUCAGAACCUUGCAAAACAGCAAAGAAAUGAGGUGUCUUUUGUCAUUCAUAAUCUGCCGAUCAUUGCCAAGAUGGCUGCCAUCAGUAAGGCCAGCGGAAGAUUUGGGCUCCUUCAAGGAACUUCAUCAGAAACCUCCGGAGGACUACUGAUUUGUCUGCCAAGAGAACAGGCGGCUCGCUUUUGUUCCGAAAUCAAAUCUUCCAAGUACGGAGAGGGUCAUCAAGCCUGGAUCGUCGGCAUUGUAGAAAAGGGAAACCGAACGGCGCGGAUCAUUGACAAGCCUCGAGUUAUUGAGGUCCUACCUCGGGGAACCACUGCAACUACUCUUGUUCCUGACAGUUUCAAUGCCUCCUCUGAGCCUACUUUAUGAGAUGGAAUAGCAGAAGUUGUUUGGACCUUAGAGCCUUUAUAUACAAUCAUGGACGAUUCUCAAGAGUUGAUUUUAAGAAGAAAAAAUUUCCAAAGAAGGCUGCCUGCAUAGUAGUUCCAGCUGCCCUUUCUAAGUGAUUUGAAUCAGCUCAUCAAAGGCUGCCUUUAUGCACAUUCCAAGGCCAGAAGUAACAUUUUGGACUUUGGAGGGAGAUUUGUUCAUCUCUUGGGUAGAAGAGGAGCAGAAAUAAUCUGUUCCUUCUUUUCCAAGAACAAGAUAAGGCUAUUUAGUUUGAGGGACGUUUCUUUGCACUGGGUUGAUUGAUUUCUGCACAGGGAGUAAGAUGAUUUAUUAAAAGUAUAUUACAUGCACAC